GUGAUAUGAUAUGACGGCCCGGGAAUCUCGGAUUCAUCGGAACUUUGGCAGCGCACAGACAUUCCGCUCCACCUCGGAGUCUCGGUCUCUCGGAAGCUACCUGCCUUGCAUGACGGGGAGCGCAUUUCCCGUACUCUCUCUCUUGACAAUUCACACCCUCACUGACGCGGCUAUCUUUUUGUGUAACGACUGGAUGGGAAAUGCUCGACUGUUUCACUCUCAGUGGCUGGCCCCUCUUGCUGGCUGGGCUCCUCGGAGCCCUCACGGCUGCGUAUUUAGUGCGCCUCAACCAACUACUGCUACGCACACCCGACGAGAUCGCAAAGCUGGCGCCGACAACAAGAUGGACGACAAGUCUGUUGCGGGAAACGUACCGCAGACUCGAGGGUCGUCCCAUCACCACUAGCAGCUAUGCCACACGCAUUCCGCCGAGGCUUGAGCGACGCUACAUUGUUACGGGAGGAUCCGACGCGGCAGGUCUCGUCGGAGGCUAUAUCGUUCUGCAACUGCUCGAGCGAGGCCAGGCCCCGGAAAGCAUCCGCAUCGUCGACUUCAGGCCGCCCAGCCGGGCCGACAUGCUGCGCGGACCGGCCACCGGGGUCGACUUUGUGCGAACUGACAUUUCGUCGGCCGAGGCGACGGACAGGGCGUUCGGCAAGCCCUGGCACCCGUCCACCGCGGGCCUGCCCCUGACCGUCUUCCACACCGCGGCCGUCAUCGUGCCGUCAGACCGGUCCAAGCUCGUCGCGGGCUUCUGCGACGCCGUCAAUGUCCAGGGAACGAGGAACGUGGUGGAGGCCGCCCGGCGGGCCGGUGCCGACGUGCUGGUCUCCACUACGUCGGCCUCCAUCAGCAUCCGCCCCGUCGAGCUGUGGGUGCCGCCCUGGAAGAUGUGCGGCGGCGCGCAGCCACGCCAUUACUGGCAGGUCCUGGACGAGGAGGACUUUUUUGAGCCGCUCCGCCGGCACGACGCCUUCUACGCCAACUACCCGGCGUCCAAGGCCGCCGCGGAGCGCAUCGUCUGUGCCGCGAAUUCCAGGGAGAUGCGGACCGGGUGCAUACGUCCGGCUAACGGCGUUUAUGGGAGCGCUACGGCCCCAACCGAUAACACUGUCGCUGGGGCACUUCAAAAGGCUGUCCUUCCGACCUGGACUUCCCACAUCGUCCAGAGUUUUGUCCACGGCACCAACGUGGCCAUUGCCCAUCUCGACUUCGAGGCCGUCCUCGCCUCUCCGGCGUCGGCAUCGUGUCCCCAGGCUGGGCGGCCGUUUGUCGUCACGGACCCCAACGCCCCGAUCGCAUACCGCGAUUUGUACCUUCUCGUCCAGACCCUCGCCGUCACUCCCUUCCGCGCGUUGCACAUCCACCCCAUCGUCAUGGUCUUGCUGUCAUACCCCAUCGAGUGGUACAGUCUCCUCCGCGCCAAGUAUCUUUUUCUGCGGAAGUUGCUUCCGGAACUCACCGGCGAGGUGAAGCAUCUGAAGCCGGGCAUUUUCAGCAUCUGCACCCACCUCGUUGCGUCAAAUGCAACAGCAAGUCAGCCCGUCAGCCGCGGAGGGCUUGGCUACAGCGGCGUCUUGACAACGCUGGAGGGGAUGACGCAGGAGGUGCUCGACUGGAAUCUCGAGCACAAGGACGCCGCCGGAGCAAGGAAGUCCUACCCGACCAGUGUCGCGCUCGCCGAUGACAUAGCAAAGGCGGCAGCGGCAGCCAAGUCGAUGUCAGAGUGACAGUGUCCGUCACUAACACAUUGCAUAUAUUAAAGUAACUUGGCGUCCGGCGUGCCGCC